AUGUCGGCUUUUCACGGUUUUCCUAACCUUCCAGGACCGGAUGAAAUCCCAUUUUGCAAAUUAAACGAGGUUUACUGUUGUGGGAACGCGCGUUAUGGAAAUAUAACUACAUUUACUAACUCUACAAAAAAUCAUCCGCAUAUUAAUGUAACGAGAGAUAUACAUCAUCACAGAACUACAGACGAGAAUAUUUCAAUGUACAUUGAUGUUGAAGACAAUUUAUUAAAAAAGAUAACGAGUGUUUGGUAUAAACAAGGAUUUUUGGAUGCCCUAGGUGUGGCUGCCGAUCCAACAGUUAACCGCGAAAGUCAAGUUCUCGCUAUUACCGCGUCAUACGUUUUAAAAGUCGCAAAUGUAUUCACAGCAUUUAGAUACUUUUUACAACCACAUCUAAAAGACAUAGGACCUAAAAUUGUUGCAAAUUACUCUAGGACGAGAAACUGGGGUAAUAGUCCUAUAAAAUGUAUGGCAUGGCAUCCACAUACAACAAAAAUGGCAGUAGCUACAAUAGAUGAUAACGUCCGAGUGUACUGUUCUGAAGUGUCUUUUGUGUCGACAUUAAAAUGUAAAGCACAAGGACACGUGUCAGCACUAAGUUGGAGGCCGUACUCAGCUUCAGAGCUGGCUGUGGGAUGUGAACAAGGGGUUAUUGUGUGGACCGUAGACCCUAACUCAAUGUUCACCAAACCUUCUUCUAGUAAUGCUGUUGUGUUGAAAAGACCCGGUCACAGUCCAGUUACAGACAUAAGCUGGUCUCCCAAUGGUGACUUACUCAUCAGUUGCUCAGGAGCUGACACAUCUAUGCUUAUAUGGGAUGUAUCCAUGGAAACUGCAGUUCCUCUCAGACGAGUAGCAGGUGGGGGUAUUGUGUUUGCACGUUGGUCAUUUGACGCAGGGAAGGUCUUUGCUGCUACUUCUUCGAUUAUAUUCAGGGUAUGGGACACAAAGCGUUGGACUCCUGAUCGGUGGUGCGCCCGUGGUCAACGCGUUGUGGCCGCCUGUUGGGGGCCCAAGGACAUUCUGCUAUUUGCUGCUAAAGGAGAGCCUAUGGUGUUUGCACUUACUAAUACAAGUCUCAUGAGUGGUUCGCAAACCAGUAAAGCAAUACCAGUGCUUGACGUCACGAAAGUAGAACUUCAAACAGGUGAGUCAGUUGGAGGACCGAUACUAGAUAUGUGCUGGGAUCCUGCAGGCAGAUACCUAGCAAUAAUGUUUGAAGAAUCUCAUCUAAUCGCUGUGUUCUGUACCACACACCUUAUGAUGCAACUGAAGAUUACACCCUGCUGCUUCGUAUGUGGCAUAGACAGUGAAGUCCCCUUAACAAUGGCCUUCCAGAACAACUUUACUGAAGGAGCGUGUCUUACCAUAGCCUGGUCCAGUAGCAGAGUCCAGCAUUUCCCUAUUAUAUACACUGAUUCAUACUGA